ACUCAAAUCCAAUGACGACGCAAGGACAUCAACCGCAACAAACAUGGCUCCGGUUUCGUGGAAUUACUCGCUUUCCUAUUGUAAUGUCUGAAAGUAGCAGACAACCCUCGAUUACGUCAACAAGCUGCGACCAGAUAGAAACAGCACGUCUUUGAAAACAAAAUAAAACGUGUGUAGUAGGCCACGGAAUAGUUUUACGAAAUGGCACCGUUUAAGAAAUUUGCGAAGACUACAGGAAAACACAUCGCAAAGAAUGCAAACCAGGCGAGAAAACAGCAGCCUGGUUUCAAGAAUAAAAAGCCAAAGUGGGUCCCAGAAGGCAAAAUAUUCCACGGCAGCGUACAAGAAGGACAGGGUUUUGCCUUCAAGAGGAAACAGAAAGCACAACAUGCGUACAACAAACUGCUGCGUAAGCAGGCGAGCGGAAAGCCGGUUAAAACGGCAUUUGAACAGGAGUACCCAGAGCACCUGAAACACCUGUACCAGGCGGAGGCAGAUCAGCUCAGAAAGGAGGAUCAGAUUAACCGGUUGAGGAGAAGGAAGGCGCCCCCAACUGAGCAAGCGUCUGGAGAGGACAGACCCAGCUCUCAUACUGAACCACAGCCAUCCUCCUCACCUGGCCCGCGCCUCCCCCAGCCCGCGUUAGCAGAGCCCAGCGGGCUUAACCCAAGUAAGAAGAAAAUGAGAAAGCUGACUUCUUAUCAGAAAACGAGAGAGGAGUACGAGAGCGCCAUGGAACAGCGUGCCAAAAAGAAAGAGGAGGCUUUGCGGAACAAACAGCAGAGAGAAGAGGCGCUGAAGGUUUACAAGGAGAAGAAGAUGCAGACUUACCAGAUGCUGUGUAAAAAGACCAGGAAGGGCCAGCCCAACCUCAACCUGCAGAUGGAGUACCUCCUUCAGAAAAUCCACAAUAAGACCCAAAACCAGGCCAAGUGACCGACAGCUUUUUAACUGUCACCCCCUCCCCCACUGGGCCUGGUCGCCCAUGAUACUGAGACAGGUAAACACAGCACACACCUGAGUUCAGCCGGCCUGGGUGCUGUAGACACAUCCCUGUGAAAUGAAACCAUUCUGGGGCAUGCGACUGAAUGCUGGGCUGACGGAAGAGGAGAAUUUAGUCCUUUGCCGCUUUGUCCUGGGAAAUAGUGUUUUUUUACCACGUCUUUGCUCCAGCCAAUACGGUGUUUGAAUGUGUCACAUUGUUGGUUAUCGUCUCGGACUGCAAUUGAAGCUAUCAAGCGGAAACGGAAUAAAGCAGCCAUUUGGCACAAUGUAAA